AUGGAGUAUCUGUCAAGGAUUAUGGUUUUAGUCGGACAACAUAAGGAUUUCAAAUAUCAUCCAAGAUGUGAAUAUUUAAAACUCAAUCAUCUUUGUUUUGCGGAUGACUUGCUUCUGUUUAGUAAAGGAACUUUUAAAGCUAUUUAUGUUUUACUUAGAGGUUUCCAACUGUUUACUAAUAGUUCUAGUUUGCAAGCUAACAAAACGAAGUCAGCCAUUUUUGGUGUUGGGUUGCAAGAAGGGGACUGGAAUAGGAUUAUUGAUAUGACGGGGUUUGUUCGAAGCAAUCUUCCUUUUGAAUAUUUAGGAAUGACCAUUAGCAAUACUAGGAUAUCUAAAGUUGAUUGUGAAUGUUUGGUUGAGAAAAUGGUUAAAAGGAUUAGGAGCUGGAGUUCGAGGAAUCUGUCUUUUGCAGGGAGAUGUACAGAGUAUAUGGAAGGGCCGGGUCGAGUUUCAUGGACAAAGAUUGGGAAGUCUAAACAAAAGGGAGGUCUUGGUUUUAUAGAUAUUGGCAUGUGGAACAUUUGUGCUCUUGGGAAGAAUGUUUGGGCUAUAGCAAAGAAGGAAGAUAAUAUUUGGGUGAAGUGGGUUCAUUCGGUGUACAUUAAAGAGACAGACUGGUGGGAUUACACGGCUCCUCUAAAUAGCAGUUGGUACUGGAAAAGAGUGGUCAAAACAAAGAAUGAGUUAAAGGAAAUUUUUCUUCACAGUACAAAUAGUUGGCCAAUCUACAGCAUUGCUCAAAUGUAUAAGUUGCUGAAGGACAAAGCAGAUACAAGAUGGAAAUUUUCCUUCAUCUAG